CAAGUCAGCGUGACAGAGGUCCCCGUCCCUUCCUCCUGCUCCUCCUACCCGGCCCCCGGCAAGGCACCAGCAGUGGCCAACGGCACGGGCAGCCCCUCGGGACGGAGCUGCCUGCCCAAGCUGAACAUCAUGUUCAUGAAGACACACAAGACAGCCAGCAGCACCAUCCUCAACAUCCUCUUCCGCUUCGGGGAGAAGCAUCGCUUGAAAUUCGCCUUCCCCAAUGGCCGCAAUGACUUCUACUACCCCUCCUACUUUGAGCGCAGCCAGGUGCAGCACUACCGGCCGGGCGCGUGCUUCAACAUCAUCUGUAACCACAUGCGCUUCCACUAUGAGGAGGUGCGCAAGCUCCUGCCGGCGGACGCCACCUUCGUGACGGUGCUGCGGGACCCUGCCUACCUCUUCGAGUCCUCGUUCCACUACUUUGGGCGCGUCAUCCCUCUCACCUGGAAGCUGACGGGGGAGGACAAGCUGGCGGAGUUCCUCCGGGACCCCUGGCACUACUACGACCCCAACGGGUUCAACGCUCACUACCUCCAAAACCUCCUCUUCUUUGACUUGGGCUACGACAACAACAUGAACGCCAACAGCCCGCUGGUGGAGGAGCACAUCCAGGAGAUAGAUCACCGUUUCCACCUCGUCAUGUUGCUCGAGUACUUCGACGAGUCCCUGGUGCUGCUGAAGGACCUGCUGUGCUGGCAGCUGGAGGACGUCCUCUACUUCAAGCUCAACGCCCGGAAGGGCUCCACCGUCUCCCGGCUGACACCUGAGCUCUAUGAGAAGGCCACCUCCUGGAAUCUCAUUGACGCCAAGCUCUACAGCUAUUUUAAUGCCACCUUCUGGCGUAAGGUGGAGGCCUACGGGAGGGAGCGGAUGGCCAAGGAUGUGGCCGAGCUGCAGCGGGAGAACGAGAAGAUGAAGAGCAUCUGCAUUGACGGGGGACACCCCGUGGACGCCAGCGCCAUCCAAGAGUCCUCCAUGCAGCCCUGGCAGCCCCUGGGGGAGAAGUCCAUCCUGGGCUACAACUUGAAGAAGAAGAUCAACAAGAAGCACCAGAAACUGUGCCGCAAGAUGCUGACGCCCGAAAUCCAGUACCUGACCGACCUGGGGGUCAACCUCUGGAUCACCAAGCUAUGGAGCCACGUGAGGGACUUCCUGAAGUGGUAG